AGUCGUUGUGCGGGAGUGGUCGCCGAGGGAUGUGUGGUAUCGUAACCGCGAGUGUGAUCGAGGAAUAAAGGGCCCGGCGUUUUAGUUCUUCUCGUUCGCGUUUAGUCCACGGUCUCUCUCCCUCUCAUUCGUCCAUUUCUCGCGCGCGCGUGCUCCCUCUGGCUGUCCGAGGGAAAAGAAGAAGAGGAAGAAGAGAAAAUAAAAGGAGAAAAAAUCUCCGGAGUACAAGAAGCGUGUAGUACGCAGCCCAUCGUUAUCGCGGCACGUAAACGUUCCUUCGUCACCGCUCGUCCCUCUUCCGCACGCUUGUCUGAAUUCGAGCGGGUGCACGGAUCUACGCACAGAUCGUGUAUUUACUUCAUUAUUUAUUGUACAAAGGACUUAUAAGCCAUAGCCGACACAAUGUCCGUGGAUAAGGAGGAAUUAGUGCAACGUGCGAAGCUUGCUGAGCAGGCGGAAAGGUACGACGACAUGGCGUCCGCGAUGAAGGCGGUCACCGAGACGGGAGUCGAGCUGUCGAACGAAGAGAGGAACCUACUCUCGGUGGCGUACAAGAAUGUCGUAGGAGCGAGACGUAGCUCGUGGCGGGGAAUCUCCUCUAUCGAGCAGAAGACCGAAGGCUCCGAACGCAAACAGCAGAUGGCCAAGGAAUACCGGGAAAAGGUUGAGAAGGAAUUACGCGAGAUCUGCUACGAUGUAUUGGGACUCCUGGAUAAGUUCCUGAUCUCCAAGGCUAGCAAUGCCGAGAGUAAAGUAUUCUACCUCAAGAUGAAGGGUGACUACUACAGGUAUCUCGCAGAAGUCGCCACCGGUGAAACCAGAAAUACCGUGGUAGACGACAGCCAGAAGGCAUACCAGGAUGCCUUCGAAAUCAGCAAGUCAAAGAUGCAGCCUACCCACCCGAUCAGGCUAGGUCUCGCCCUUAACUUUUCUGUCUUCUAUUAUGAGAUUCUCAACUCACCAGACAAGGCCUGUCAACUGGCCAAACAGGCGUUCGACGACGCGAUCGCGGAGCUGGACACACUUAAUGAAGACAGCUACAAAGAUUCCACAUUGAUCAUGCAGCUGCUGCGCGAUAACCUCACUCUGUGGACCAGUGACACGCAGGGCGACGGGGACGAGCCACAGGAGGGCGGCGACAACUAACCUUCCUACGCUUAAGUCCUUUCUAAACCUAAUAAGAACAUCCUAUUCUCUAUCGUCCCCCCGUCCCCCUGAAGUGCUCACCCGUAUGUCCAUCUACCCGGAUCCAUCCAUCCAUAUCCACCUGACCUCUCGUCCCUCGCGUACCUCGUUUCCUUCUUUCCUUCCUUCCUUCCAAUCGCAGGCCUCCCUUUUCCUUAAAUCUCUCCUUUUCAAAAAAAAAAAACAGAUCCUUCUCUCUUUCUCUCUCUUUUUCUCUCUUUCUCUCUCUUUAUCCUGACAUGACCGUACACUGCACCGUACGAUGCCACCGCCAUAGCUGCUAUGUCCGGUUCGAAAAAUUCGAACGUUAAGAGUCGAAUUAUUCCCUCAUGCUCGAUCAUGCCUAUUCGCGGAUAAUGGCAAAGGAAGGAUCUUAAAGAUUUUUCUUUUUUAAAGAUCAAACUAAACACAAAUUGGUCAAUACCCGGUAGUAGUCAGGCAAGAAUGUUGAUGAAGCGUAUGUCGGAUCAAGAUAACGCAUGAUAAAAACCAUUAUCAGUGAAAAAAAACGAUCGAGCAGCAUAUGGAUUACUCGGCCUCUCGCGUACGAAAUUUCUUAGGCAAAAAGAAAUCCGUUUAUUGUCCCAUUUGUAUGGAGGAACAGGAAGGAGCGAAUUGUGGAUGAACAGAGGAAAGGACAGGAGGAGACACAUUUACAUCUCCCCCGCAUACCCUGUCUCGUCGACGCGAAAAUCGUCACGCGAGCGCAGUCAACGCGUGCGCGCGUGCACCUCAUUGUCGAUUACGCACAUAGCAGAAAAAAAGAAAGCAAAUGCUAGAUCAUUUAACUUUUGCGAAUAGAAAACGAAAGAAUGAUAUGCUGUUAAAUAGUAAAUCAUACACAUUGGUACGAGACAUGGAAUGCAGGGGACCGACCGACUCACUGUCGUUAUUCCCAAAAUCUACUCGCUGCUUACCAUUUCAAAAGAAAAAAGAACAUAAAGUCAGAAUGAAAAAAAUAAUAAUAAUAAAACACAAGCCAAAAGUAACAGCACGGAGGUACGAGAAGAAGCGAAGAGAACGAGAAAAUGAAAAAAGCACGCAUGAAUCUACUACAUUAUAUCCAGUUGUCAUUUAAAUUAAAUUUCACAUUGUCUAGCAAGUAACGAAUAUUAUUAUACGAAGGGAAGAACGCAGGAGGAGAAAGGAGAGUAAAAACAAAUACAUUAAGUUAUUAAGUUCCAAAACGAA